AUGCAUAAUGAUUGUGUUUCUCUGUCGCUGAAGAACAAGAUCAAAUCCUCGAUAUGUUGUUUCCGUAUGCCGCCUGAUCAGCUUGAAUCUUUAGAUUAUCACCAGCCGAGGACGCCGAGGUCUCCCAGGUCUCCGUACGCGUGGUUGAAAUCUCAGUCGCUGGAGCUUCUAGAACCCAAGGAUUGGCGUAGGGGUUUGUUUGGUAGGGUAUGUACCACUGCCAAGAGCCGAAAGCCUUACAACUCGGCAGAUUUCAGUUACGAUCCGAUGAGUUACUCGCUCAAUUUUGAAGAUGAUCGCACCAGAGACGACGAGCCAAUGUGCAGCUUCUCGUCGCGGUUGCCAACCUCGCCGGAAAGAUCGUCGAUGCCGAGGGAGAUAAUUGCGUACGUUUAG